AUGCUCAUUUUGCGAAUUGAUUCCCUCCUAAGCCAAGAUGCUAGAAAGUUGCUAGACAUUUGUCAGGCUCUGAAAAACAGCAGAUCCAGGCAAUCGUCACUUGAUGAUGCGAAACUUUCCUUUGAGAACGACUUGUGCGCCUCCGUGGGGAAUGCUUUAUAUAAACUCGGUUAUGGUACUGUUUUAAUGCUAGCGCUGAUAACCUGGUAUUUUAAUGCUUCGUCUUCUGAAGCAUCGUAG